UCCUGGCUUCCUGAUGUGGACGGGCGGCAGGCAGCAGAACUCUGUUAAACAGCAGAUGUUUUACACUGUGGCCGUUACCCUCAUUUCCUGGGCGGAGAGCUCCUCGCUUUAUUAGACGAGUAACAGGAACCAAAAAAAAAAAAAAAGGGUUAGAGGGAGAGUGAGAGACACAGGCAGAGCGAGUGAGUGCAGGAGAAAAGUUAGCUGAGUUCCCACAAAUCACUUUGUCACCAGCAAGCUCUGACAAGCACCAGCAAAGAGGGAGCGCACAAGGAGAGAGGCAGGGAGUUAAAGAGAGGUGUGAAUAGGGAGUUGUGUCAGAGGAGACUCACGAGGGAGGGUGUGAAGGAGCUGUAGAGGGCAUAAACGAGGUGAUACCGAUGGAUGGAUAGAAGGGGAGACAGGACACAGACGAGACUGCAAUCUGAUUCCCAAAAGCAGCCGGAGAGGGACUGUGACUCUUGUUUCUGCUGUGUCGUUGCUGCUGCUGCUGCUGUGACUGGAUGCUAUACGGUCAUUUACAGAGAAGGUUUGUCAAGCUUUAUACUUUGUCACAGGAGGACAGAUUUACUCGGGACAAGGAGAGUUUUGCUGUGUUGUAUCCUCUGAGAGAUGUACCCUGACAAGUUGUUUCACAUUUGAGAAUGAGGACACAGAUAGAAAGACAGCUGUUGUCUCUGUGAAGCAGGCAUGAGUCGGAGGGGUUGAAGUGCAGCUGUACACAGAUCACAUGCUGUUGCUGCUAAAAAAGAGGUAGUCAGAGCCGUGAGUUGUACAAGUUGGUCGGAUGUUUUUUUUUACGUGGGGACAUUUCUUUAUGUCAAAGGUUUCCCACUGCUGUAGAAUAAGAGCUGAAACUUUUUGAAUAUUGUUUUUUUACUUUCAUUCUCCUCACUGUGGAUACUUGAUCAGCACUGGACUGACUCAGAGUUUUAUCAGAGCUGUAAAGGAAGCCAGAAGUCAUCAAACUUCGACAACAGAGAAAUAGGAAAUCCAUUUCUACACAGUUAAAACACAGGUUAACGGGUCGUUGCUAUCUUCUCUUUCUCAGAGGCGUCAGACUGUACAGAAUAAUCCUGACUGGUUGAAGAGACCUCGUGGGUCAAAGAGGACAGGAAGCCGUGUCAGCUGAAAGCCAUAGUGUCAGAUAUUGACGGGUGCUGCACAGGUCUUCUGAGGCUUGGGGGCGCUGUCUGUGUGCAUGCUUGGAUGGUGCGCUGUUAGCUUUUGACAGCUCCACUCUGGACGCACUUCAACGUCACUGAGUUACCUGCGAGGCUGAGUCAGAGGCUGGCUCAUCGCUCCCUGUCUGUCUGCCCACUGGGACUCUCUCCACCUGCCUCUAUGCAAACAAGCCACAAGUGUUAGGUGGUUUUUCGCAGCAGUGGCACUGGUAGCCCCGAACCUGUAGGACUCUCAACACUGCUUUAAUUGUUCUGCUGUGGGUAAACAGCUUGCGUCAGUCACACCUCUCCGCUGAUUCACUAUUCCCUGAGCAUUGGGGGCAGGCAGUGAAAGAGAAGGUGAGGGAGGAUUGACCAAAGAACCGAAGCACAGAAGCCGUCACAGUCAGGUUGGCACCAUGAAGCUGGCACUGUUGACGCUCAUGGUCGUAUACGCGGUGGGCCAUGUAAGUGGCAUGUCCACGUGUAAGACGGUGGAUCUGGAGAUGGUGAAGAAAAAGCGCAUUGAGGCUAUCAGGAGCCAGAUCCUCAGCAAAUUGCGUUUGCCAAAAGAGCCCGAGCCUGAUCAAGCCGGAGACGACGAGGAGAUCCCCUCCCCUCUGAUCUCGCUCUACAACAGCACCAAGGAGAUGCUGAAGGAGCAGCAGGCCGACGUCCAGACAGACAUCUCCACGGAGCAGGAGGAGGAGGAGUACUUUGCCAAGGUGCUGCACAAGUUCAACAUGACCAAAAAAAACGACACUUAUGACAAGACGGCCAAAAGCAUCCCGAUGUACUUCAACAUCUCUGACAUACGACAAAGCGUCGGGGAUUACCGCCUGUUGACGAGCGCCGAGCUGCGGAUGUUCAUCCAGCAAACCACGAUAGCCGAGAACCAGCGGGUGGAGCUGUACCAUGGUCUGGGCACGUCAGCCCAGUAUCUUGCUUCCCGCUUCAUCACGAACCUGUCGAAGGACAAGUGGUUAUCGUUCGACGUCACCGAGACCCUGCAGAGCUGGCUCAAAGGAACAGAGGACGAGCAGAGUUUCCAGUUCAGGCUCUUCUGUGGAUGCACCGAGAACGAGCCGAACAUGGAGACCAGUUUCAGUUUUUCCAUCUCUGGCAUGGUGACCAAGAGAGGAGACAUAGCUACAUUAGGAGAGAAGAAUCAGCAAUCGCCCUACAUCCUCACCAUGUCCAUCCCUCAGAACACCAGCACCACCCACCUCGGCUCACGCAAAAAACGCUCCACAGACGGGAAGGACACGUGUACAGCCCAGACGGAGACCUGCUGCGUGCGGAGCUUGUACAUUGACUUCAGGAAAGAUCUGGGCUGGAAGUGGAUACAUAAGCCGACGGGCUACCACGCCAACUACUGCAUGGGAUCCUGCACCUACAUCUGGAAUGCUGAAAACAAAUAUUCUCAGAUUUUGGCCUUGUACAAGCAUCACAACCCGGGAGCCUCUGCCCAGCCCUGCUGCGUUCCCGAGGCGCUGGAGCCACUGCCAAUCCUCUACUACGUGGGCAGGCAACACAAGGUGGAGCAGCUGUCCAACAUGAUCGUGAAGUCCUGCAAGUGUAGCUAAAAAAAACAAGAUGGCACCCUGCUCUGCAUCCCCUCAAACAUAAACUGAGACGGAAGAAGUCAUGUUUGAGACCAGAGGAGCGCACGGAGAAAGAGGAUGAGAAUAAAGAAGACAAGAAAAACGAAAAAGUAGUGAAAGUAAUCAGGAUCUUUGUGGUCAAGCUGUCCUCCUGCGAGCUCUGCCAUUAUCAUUUCAGAAGCACAUCAAUCCAUGGACUUCUUUAUAUAGAUAUUAUAGAUAAUAUUUGUAUGUGUAUAUACUUCUUCUUUGCAGUACUGAAAUAUCUGUCUUGAAAUGAAUUAAUUUAUUUGUUGGUUGGACAGAUUUCUAAAGAAGCGAUUCACACGUGUAAAAGUGCGUCGAAAGGAUCGAAAGGGAUUUAUUAUGAACAAAAACCAAGUUGGAUAAAAGACGCCGACGGACACGAGGACCACGACGACCUGGAUGGAAGAAAACUUUUUGUCUUCACAUGUCUGACGAUUGAUCAUCUUCCUGCAGAGGUCACAGUCAACGGUGUUAAUCCCCAGGAAUGGAGAAGGGUGGUUGUUGGGGUUUUCCUGGACAAUAAUGCUGCAGGUGUUUUUUGGAGAGAGAGCGCCAGCGUAAAAGGACACGAGACAACCGCAGGGACAGUCCGACCUGGGGAAACCCCCGUCCGGCUGAGAGGAGGCUGCUGGGGCUGCGGACUGAACGCUUCACAGGAACCGUCCAUCAGUUUUACCUGUUUGUUUUUCCCGCCCACGUGAAUUUUUACAAUGCUUUCUCGUCACUGUGUUUGUUUUCAUAAUUGAAUGUCAGCUUGUCCUCGGGCAAGUGAGUAAUAUCACUAGUUGUGAGAGUGAUGACACCGUGUUUUUCUCCCUCUCUGGGGACUUACAGCCGGUGUGUUGUCUUUAGAUGGUGACGGUCGGGGGAUGUGGUUGUGGUGUUGGUUUUAGGGAAAAGCCGUUCAGGACUUGAUACACACUUUGCUGUUUUGUUAACCAAUUGCAGGCAUUUUAUUGCCUUUUUUUUUUGUCAGGAACAGUUUUUUACUUUCAUCUGAAGUGUGAUGCGUUUUGCACAACUCAAGAAUGAAUUAAUCGUUUAGCAUUUGUUUUUUUUAGGAAAAAAGAACCAACCCAUUUUUUUUUCUGUUUACUCUCUUUUAUAGUGCACUUACCAUUUGAAAUUUGUAUCUGUAAAUAUUUUAAAAAAUUUGAAAUAAACAUUGUUGUUAAAUUAU